AGAUCUUCGAGAUAAUAAAGUAUUUGGUCGUGUUAAAGCAGUCAUAUACACCAUAGAGUUUCAGAAAAGAGGUCUGCCACACGCUCAUAUAUUGCUCUUCAUAGCUAGAGAUGACUCAUCUCCAUUUGCAAACGACAUCGACCGUAUCAUUUCAGCUGAAAUUCCAGAUAAAAAUGUGGAUCCUGUUUAUUAUUAUGCGGUAGCUGAUUUCAUGAUGCACGGACCUUGUGGACCAUCUAGGACAAAUUCUCCGUGUAUGUCAAAUGGUCGUUGCACUAAACAUUUCCCAAAAAAAUAUAAUGAGGAGACGACGAUUGAUGAUGAAGGGUACCCUAUCUAUAGACGAAGGGAUGAUGGAAGGACAAUUACAAAAGGGGAGGUUGAGCUGACCAA